AUGACUUUGCUCCUUGUCAGUCUUGGAAUAAGUGGAAAGCGUGGUCAAGGAGAGUCAGAAGUCAGCGAAUCAGAACGGAUUCUUAACCGGGCGGGACGUAUUGGUAUUUUAAGAGAAGAAGAAAACGAGGCUCUAACCAUUUGCCCAAAACAUAGAAAACACUUAACUACCGACUAGCCUGACCGUAAGAAUUACAUUUGCUGUUACCCGGCUCAUCAAGGGUCGAAGAGGUGACUUAGUCUCCCUAGACGUGUUAAUGCAAAAUCGUGUGCAGAAAUAUUUGUUGAGUUCGAGGAGAUUGUUCCUAUCGGGGCAGGCGUAGGUGGGUAAAGAUUUCUCUUACAUUUAGUCAAUUCUUGCAUACACACGUGCUAUUUAGGUUAUGGGACGUCUGAUAGGUGCGGUUCAUACAUACAUACAUACAUACUUUAUUGGCUCGUCCCCACGGGGCUUUUCAGAGUCAAUUUUACAUUACAAAAUUAUAAACCAAGUACAUGACAAUAAGAAUAUAACAAUGAUAAAAGAAGACAAAGGUCAAUAAAAUUAAUUAAAUUAAUUAAAUAAAGCAGUCAUUAAGAAGCUUUUGCCUGAGUAAACACUUGAAUUCCGUCACGGAUGGGCUAAGUUUGAGCGCAGGCUGCAACUCAUUCCAGAGAGAGGUUGCUCUAUAUUGAAAGGUCCUUUGGCCGCUGGCAGUGCGGAAGAGUGGUAUGUUCAAAAGUUGAGAAUUUCUCGUAUUCCUUGUCGAGACGGCGGAUCUUCCAACGAGCUUUGAUGUCAAAUACUCCGGAGCACAACUCGUCAUGCACUUAAAAACCAGAACAGCAAAACGAAAAUAAAGUUGUUGCCUGAUUGGUAGCCAGCGCAAGUCUUUUAGCAAAGGAGUUAUGUGAUCGAAUUUUUUAGCGCCGCUCAAAAUACGACAAGCGAAAUUCUGUACUGCUUGGAGCUUGUCCAGAUUAGUUUGAGUAGUAUUGCUCCAAACAGAAGAGCAAUAGAAUAAUUUACUAAAAACUAAGGCAUUUAUAAUAAUAAUUAGCGCGUGUUUAUUAAAAAUAUGCUUAACGCGGUUAAUUUGACCCAAACGUGACAUGCAUGAGGAUACAGUAGAAACAAUAUGCUCAUUAUAUGUUAAGUUAGAGUCCAGUGUGACACCAAGGUCUCUUGCAGCCUUAACGGGCUCGAGUUCCUUCCCCAAUAGAAAUAGCCUAAAGUCGCUAACCUUAGCAGUCAUUUGCCGGCUGCCGAAUAUCACUAGUUUUGUUUUAUCUGGGUUGAGUAAAAGCUGAUUAUCAAAGCACCAAUUCCUAAUGCUUAACAAGUCCUUGUUCAUUUUUUCUAUCGUUUCGUGCUGAUCGCGGAGUUGAAAUGACAUGAGAAGUUUGGUAUCGUCGACGUAACACUGCGAUGUACAAUUUUCUGGCACAGAAGGGAGAUCAUUAACGUAGAUGUUAAAGAGUAAUGGGCCAAGGAUGCUCCCUUGUGGAACGCCAGAACUAACAGGUAGUUUGGUCGACAGAGUUGUAUUUAUUCGCACAAAUUGGUAUCGCGAGGUUAAAUAGCUUCCGAGCCAUUUUAUCGCAGGUCUGGACGCACCAAUGUCCUGUAACUUAGCGAGGAGUAUUUGAUGGUCAAUACUGUCGAAAGCUUUGCUUAGAUCAAGGAGGACAACUGCAGUCAGUUUCUUUUUGUCAAUGGCAUUUAGGAUUUCGUCAGUUGUUUGAAUGACAGAUGUUUCCGUUGAAUGCCACUGUUUAUUUCCGCUUUGUUUGGAUGAUAAACGGCCUCUCGAAAGUAGAUAUGACGUAAGUUGAUUGUAAGCGACACGUUCACAGACUUUAGAAAGGACAGGGAGUAAUGAAAUCGGUCUACUAUUGUUUGGAAUAUCGUGGUCUCCAGCCUUGAGUAUCGGUGUCACUUCAGCUGUUUUCCAGGCCAAAGGGAAGGUGUCAAACUCAAAGGUAGCAUUAAUAAUAGACGUUAAUGAUGGCAAGAUAGCAGGCAAACAAUCUUUGAUCACAUGGAUUGGGAUUUUAUCAAUCCCAGGGGCCUUACCACUGGCCAUUGAUGUGACAAUUUUUUGUACCUGUUCGCACUUCACUGCGUUGAAGGUGAACUGCUCUGACAAUGGGUAGAUUUCAUUGCACUGUUCAUCCACGACCUCAGUUACAGUAGUUUUUAGAGGCAUGUAAUGUUGAACCAUCAUAAAAACAUGGAAUGACGAUUCACUGAUAUUAUACGAGGAAGAAAACGUGUAUACCAAUCGAAUAAAAAAUGCCAAUACAAAAAAGCGAAGCUGAUAACUUUCACGCUUAUCAAAAACCAAUCUUACUUUAAAGUUGUUUGCGCGUGCGCUAUAAAGUCUGCAAAUUAUGCCUCAUAUAAAAAUUGAACUAGUGAGAGUAUUAUCAGUUAUAUACAAAACGUUUUAAAAAACUUUAUAGUAAACAUGUAUUAUGUUAAUAUAAAAAUUAAUAAGAAAAAUACUAUUAGCUUAACAAAACGAAUUGUGACCUUUUUGCAUUGUUCAUUUCCAGCAAUAGUGUUUGGGAGGGAGGGGUACGGGUGUGGCACUUUGCGAUGAGUGGGCUGCGAUUCUGAUUGUUUUCUGUCGUUGUUUACUCUUGAUAGUAAUCAGCACAUUUUUUAGGCUAGAACACGAUAAAAAAAAGCGAGAAAAGUGAUUUUGAUCUACAUUUGGAUGAAGGCAUGGAACAGGUCAGGACUGGUACCACUUUUGGGGGCUAAAGUGACCUUUACAUCUGGGCCAGAUUAGACCAUGUGAAGGGGCAAUAUGGAAAACACAAGUGUCAGUUUGGAUUUUUAAGUGACCAAAACAGCCCCCUUAAAAUUCGGCCCUCUUGCAAACUACCCCUCAAAAAGUAGCCCAUUCAGCUCCAAAUUAGGCCAUUUCAGUUGUUGAUGGGUCUUUUGCUUUUCCCUUAAUUAUUGACAAAUAAUGAAAUCAAACUUAACUUAAAGCUUUCAAACAUUUAUUCAGUUCUAGACAAGUUACUGUACUCUUUUUUUAGCCAAAGCUAAUGAAAUAUAUCUGUUAACUAUGUAUCAUAACAAUGUGCAUUCCAACAUAUGUAACAUACACCGUCCAACCUAAUAAUCUUAGUUUGGAAUUGGAAGAAACUGGGCAAGAGAGACACCUGAGUGCAAUCCGACCAAACCCUUAAAGGCUGGUUUUCACUCGUGACAAAUUGAGGGUCACAAUCAGAGUCGUAAGAGCACCUAUUACCUAGUGAAAAUUAAAAAUCAGAGUCGCAAAAGGAGUCAUACUAGAAGCUUGAUGGAAUUGAAGUCAUCAGAAUUUUCUAUUCUUCAGAUUCUGCUUAUGAUGUAGAAAACCAGAUUAAGCAGGAGUCAAAGGAUAAACCAGUCACAAUGCUUUUUCCCAUGCUUUGUAAUUGGUCUAGUUCUUCAGCUUCUGCUUUCAUGCCACUUCAACAAUGUCAACCUAUUGUUUUCACUAGAUCUAAAGUAAAGGAGUAGUAAUUGGAGUAGUUAUAAUCUGUUUUAACUAGAUCAAUGGUUUGCGCCUUUGAUCACAGUUGCGACUCUGUAUCGAUCGCCAGUAAACAAGCCUUUCAUGACUUGGAAAAUCUGUUUAACUAAUAGUUUUUUUUACUGCAUGGACAUGAUGUUUAAAAAAAUCUUGUAAAAUCUUGGAAAGGAGCUCAAAAGUGUAACUGCGUUUGAUUUAUUCACAUUCUUUAGCGCAGAUUUAAUCCAGUUAGAAGCCAGCUGGAAACUGUACUCGACUUCUGAUUGGUUAACGUCUGCAUGAAAGCAUGUGAGUUAAUUAAAGGCAGGUCACUUUUCGGCUCCUUGCUGUAAAGAGUAAACAUUCAGCAAGAACUCAGUCAUUUGCAAAGUCAUUAAAAAGGGAAGGAAACACUGACAAGUGUUUUGCCCAAGUCCACUUUCAAGCAAUGCCUGAUCUAGAAAAGCCAAGAUGGCUUUGCACUGGGUGUAUGAUACAUUAUAUGCAUAAAAACACGCAUUGAAAGCAAUACUAUCACUGUGUCAAAACUCUUGUUCUGCGGGAGGUGGCAAAUAAUGCCUCCCUCGGUUACAACAAAAUCCUGAAUCUGCAUCCCUCUGCAAUAAGAACAACUGUUGAAAUUUUAGAAAUUGUUAUAACAAUAAUUAAAACACAUCAAACAGUGCCCACACAUAAAAAGUCAGUAUGGUCAUCAGUCCUGUGUCCUCUUAACCAAUACUAUUGUCAAAAUAAUGUUGGUUUGAUUUUUUUUUUCCAGUUUACAGGCAUGCAUGUAUGGUAUACUGUAUAAAUUAUGGUUUGUUGUAAUAUUGGUUACUUUAUGUUAUGUUACGGGAAAAAUAAUGAUAGCACAUAGGCCGGGAUUAUUAUCUUUUUUUGGAUGAAUGCCCAUUUUUUUUUUUCUUUUUUUUUUUAGCUGCCUUAUCUAACAAAAAUAUUGUUUGGGGUGGAAUUAACUCCUGCGUAUCAGGUGAUAAAAACUGUUCAAAACAGAUCAACUGUGGCUCUACACGCUAUCCCACUCCAUGCCGCAACUGCUUCAAAAUGUAAUUAAAGGGGGCAUGCCGGUUACUGAACCUCUGAAGACAUUUACUCGACAGAGCAAUAAACAUCUUCUAGAAAUUCCAUGUAAAAAUAAAGUCUGAAUCAAAAGUUAUAAAGUAUUUUCACGUGACGUCACAAAGUUCAAAAUUUUCCCGCAAAAACUCCCGCCGCCAUGUUGGUGUCCCUUCGCGGCUUAUAAAUCUCUUGUGAUCUACGGUCAUUUACAUUACAAAAGAUGUCGCUCCCCAAUUGUCUGAAUAUGCAAAUACACUUAGUCCUCUUGUUAAGAAAAGGUACAUGCAGAAAAUAGCGUGCAUUGGAGUCGAUCCUUUUCUAAUUUCAUGCCAAAAAUACGAUGCCGAAUGUCUUCCUCCCACCGAGUCGAUUGACCUCGUUUCGUAUCUUGUUCUUGAAACCAGUCACUACACUAAGGAACAAUUUAAGGCCAUUAAAAACCUUCAAGCAUAUAACCAGUUGGUCUCUGGAUUUGUACAAAGUGUCCACGGACUUAUCAUUGCCGGUAAGCAGGUUGUUUUGGGAAAGGUUCGCCACUCUCAAAGAUGAACGACUUAAGAGCGAAUGUCUGUAAAAAUCGAGCAAAAUCGAAAUUUCGCGGCCACAGUCAAAAAAUCAUUUUCGCUCAUAUCUUGUCCAUAGAUAGGCAUAAGUAAGUCACUAAACGUGGUGUAGUUUGUUUUUCAAAAGGCCGCUUGGAUUUGGAGAAAAUCGACAAAAUCAAUUUUCGUGGUCGGCGACUUGAAAACAACCAAAAUUUGAGGCAAAAUGAGGCGGUCUCAAAAUUUCGCUCGCACGCACACAGGAAGAAAGCGGGGUAAAAUAUUUCCCAAUAAAUCAAUUUAUAAAGGGUUCUUCUUCUGGUCUGGUAAUGAAUUCUCAUCUUAACGAUAAUCUGGAAGAUAAACAAUGUUAUUUUAGUUUGGGUUCUUUUUCGACUAAACGAAAUUUAAAUUUAGGCUGAAAGUUGCGUUUUAUAUUUUAGGCAUGUGCUACACCUUGGUUUUGCCUGAAACUCAAGCCAGUUGUUAUUUAAACAUUGUGCUAAAACAUAUGUAAGAAUUGGCCUGGGUAAUUAAAUUUGUACUUCACACGAACCUUCUGAAGUUGAAUAAAUUUUGCUUGAAAUAUGAGACUUUUCAAGAAAGUCGGUUGGUUGUUGCUCGACAAGUCACGAUGGCUGGGCUCUCCAAACGAAACUUAACUCACAAUCGCACUUGUAUUAAAGACAUUUGAACUGAAACGAUAAUUUUUGUUACCUCAAAUGCAUUUUCCCGUUCUUGUCAACUGGCAUUGCGCCUUGUCCCAUGCUAAUCAACCGAAGAUCCAAAAACUCGAGGAAACGUGGUGCGUGAAAAUAACCUCAAACAGAACAUGGCCUAUCUUUUCCGCAGUCACACUUUUACAUCCAUUGCCAUUUAAAAAUUCUAGGUCUCACAAAAAGUGCGAUUUUGAUAGUGAAACUUUCGGGCUGCCGAUUCCUCUUUGGUGAUAAAAGUCUGGUCAAAAGUGUUGCGUGACAGUAUUCACAGGCUUCCCAAUCUAACCAUUUGAGCGACGCCUUUUUUUAAUGUUCUUGCCAGAAGUAGCAUAUUAUGCUACUAACAAUCCAAAUCAUGUUUUUUUUUUCUUUUUUUCCUAAGUUUUCUUAAAGUGUGCUUCCAUACCAUACUAAAUAAGUCCAAAAACAUCGUUUUUCACGUCAACUUUCCCCCGUUGCCUUGUAUGUGCCUUUGAUUGACUUCAGGCUUCAACCUCUAGCUAUUUCAACGCGUUAUUACCUAUCAGGCGGCUGUCUUUCCUCUCAUAUAUGCAAGUUCCAUUUUUUUGGAUAACAGUUUUCGUAAACUUUCUGCAAUGAUCUUUUAGUAUAUAUAUUUUUUCUAAUCUGAACAUGGUUAUUCGAUCGUCAAACUCUUGUUUCAGUCUGUUUAUAUACAGAGGAACCCCGCCUUGGGAUUACCCCGUUUAUACGAUCACCUCUUGCCUCAGCUCACCUCCCAUAGUCUUUCACCCGGACGUGAAAAUCUCCGAGUCAUUUUAUCAUUUUGAAGACCUCUUUAAUGCGACCACCUCGGUAUCACGACCAGGAUUUUAUGGCCCAACGCUGGUCGCAUCAACGGGGUUCCACUGUAUUGAAAUCAAUAAUAAUAAUAAUAAUAAUAAUAAUAAUAAUAAUAAUAAUAAUAAUAAUAAUAAUAAUAAUAAUAAUAAUAAUAAUAAUAAUAAUAAUAAUAAUAAUAAUUAAUAAUUGAAAUUAAUGUAAAGAAUUAAAAUUUAGGCCCCGCUUAUAUGACGAAAAUUUGUCUCGAGCAGAAGGGUCACCCGCCCAUCCGAGCUUCCCUUAAUAGGGAAAGGGCAUGAUCUCAGGCUAAGCUUCCCUGGAAGAGGCAACUUUUCACACAUUUCCUUACUGAAAACAUAGCGGACCGUUUAAAUUACAAAACGUUUGCUCGGCUAGAAGGGUGACCCACUUUGUCCAGUCACCCUUUUGUAAUGGUAGGGUCAGCCUCCUAGCCGAGCCAACGUUUCUCCGUAGGCACUUUACGCGCUUUCUAUUGAAUAAAAAAAUUCCUGUUUGAAAUUUCGGAAAAACCACGUGCCCAGUGGAAGGUACAUUCCAGUUGCAAAGACCAAACCAAAGCCACCGCGAGUUUGGUUAUCGUGCUUGUAAGCAGGAUACAGAUCAUUGGUCCUAGGGAAAAAAAAUUUGUCAAAUGGAAGGAGACAUUUCGGUCCGACCGUCUAGAUCAAAUCCGAUCCGUAUCGGUAAAGGGCUCGCAUAGCCAAGGCGAGACAAUUAGAGCAUGCGCGAAGGCCGGUUGGGCCAAUGUUUUUUUUUCGCUCGGCUAGGAGGGUGACUCUCCUACACGAGACAGGUUUCCUCCAUAUAAAGGGAAUUAAAACUUUCGAAUACAAAACUUGUAAUAGAGAGGGAAUCAGAAAAAAUUUCAAAAUUCACAAAAGAAUAAUAUUCAAGCCCUUGUAAUUUCGAUCGAAAAGACUACUCAAGUUGCCCUGUGGAUGACAGAACAGUUGUUAUAAUUAUAUGGCGCCGCAAAGAACUUAGUGAUUUAGAUAGCCUAAAAGGGUUUUCAAUGUAUUUAGGAGGAAACUGUCGUUGGGUGCCCCUGUCAACUAUCGCCUAACGCUACCACUACUUUCUUUACCCACAUAGUUUUUUUUUUCAGUUUUACUCUCGGUCAUUUGCCAUUUUCUGAGUGUGCGCUUUGGUACCAGUCUUGAGACUGAAACUUGGUGGCUCGUCAGAAAUUCAUGAUCAGAACUCUUGAAAAGAAAGUCUCCGACCAUAACUUUCUCUGGCAGUCAUUAAUGAAACGGAUAUUGAGGCUACAUCCGCUUCUGGGUCCGUUCAAUUCUCGUAAGUCCCGAUAAUUAACGGGCCCCUAAAGCUGUUGUUGUUUACAUGCAAGAUAGAAAUUUCAAUAGUUUUGCAUCUAACAUGAUAAAACUAUCAGUUAAUGAAAAAAUGAAGUAUUUUGCUAGCCAGGACCCGCGCUCCUCACAUUCCUUUUAUAUCGAUUUAAAUAUUUGAUAUCGGGCCCGAAAAGUUAUAGGGACUUUGGACAAACGGGCCCCAGGGACCCGUUUCUCGAAAGUCCCAAUAAUUAACGUGCCCGGUAAGCUGUCUCCGUUUACAUUAAAGAUCGAGGUUUUAAUAGUUUUGCAUCUAACAUGAUAAAACUAUCAGUUAAUGAAACAAAAUGGAGUAGUUUGCUAGCCAGGAGCAGCGCUCUUAUUCUUUAUAUUUCGAUUUGAAUAUUUGAUUUCGGGCCCAAAAAGUUACCGGGACUUUCGAGAAACGGGCCCCUGUGGUCCGUUGCCAAAGGCCGCAAGACAGAAUUUACUGGAAAAGUAAACUUAAUGCUUUUGCCUUAACAGUGUCCUUUUAUCGUGAAUUUGAAGACGUCAGGGCCUAAGCCACUGGUAAACACGUUUCAUUCCAGUUUUUUAACUUGCUGUAUCUGCGGUAUAUCUUCUUAGUGUCGGAUUUUAAAGCUUGUUUGAGUAGCCGAGCAUGCUGUAAGGAGGAAAUUGUGUGAUAUACUUUGACAUAUCUUUUGGUAAAGGAAUCAGAGACGAACAGGUCAGCGUUCUAGACCCCAGGUUUCUUUCAUUGUAUAUAUUCGAUACUAGAAACUGAAACUCAUGCCUUAAGUCUUCACACUUAAGGAGAGGUUUGUAGACUUGAAAAUAGCGCUACGUCAACUACCACUCCACAAGGACGCCCUGCCUGGGUCGCGUUUCCCCAAUUACUUUGCAAUAUUUUCUUAGUUGCGUGUGCUAAUGUAAGUUUUUAAUGCUGGUUAGCCUGUGCAAGCAUUUGAAAAGGGGGAGACAGUGUUUAGAGCGAAUUGCUUACCUAACAUCCUUGAGAAAGAGUUACAGCUUAACCCUUUCUACGGAUUCUCCUAUCCCCUCAACGGCCUUUCCAUCGGAGUCUUACUAGGUAGUACCCAAGUAAGAUUCAGAGCCACCCUUCCCCCAAAUAUACAUAUGAAAUAACGUGAUUUUUUUAUUGAUUCUUCACUCAAAACAAAAAACGCUUCCGAGAUCAUUUAUCCAGGUUGUCCAAAGUUUAAAACCUACUCAGUGUUCGUGUGUACUGGCAGGGUGUAUGAUUUUGAUGUUUUCCAAAUUCCUUAAUAGUCAUUGCUUUUAUCACACGCGCAGGUGUCCGCAAAACUGACUUCCACUUUACACUUUUAAAUCAAGUACUGUUGGCAGCCAGACUAUGCAACCUUCCAGUUGUUGUAUAAUUGAACAAAUAACUUUGGAAACAUCCAAGAAAUGUAUAAACAAUUUUGUUUUCUGUUCGAAGGAUGGUGUUCGUUGUCACGCAACACCACUCCUUGUCUUCUCACACUUCCUCCCUGUAUGUUGUAACUGAUUCUAUUAAGUGGUAAGAACAUCUUUCAAAUCGCCGAAAAUGUCUUAAAAACAUAUUUUUCUCGUGAAAUAUUUUGUUCAACCACCUGAAGAAUUUAGAUCAUAACGCUCAUUCGGUUUGAGUGACAUUUUAAUAACCUGGCCCAUCUCCAAUGACCUCUCGUUAGAGGUCAAAUUACAAAAUGCCUUAGCGCCAGCAGAAUUUUGGAGCUCGAGAGUAGAAAAAGUAAAACAAGUGCCCAAAACUAUAAAGGUAAGUUAAUUUCUAUUGCAUGUUAGCAAAUUAACUAUCGUAAUAUAAAGAUACAUCAGGUUUCUUCUCAAGAAAUGCCAAUGAUCCCUUUCGGCAACAGCAAGCCAUUGGUGAAUUAUGCAAAUGUGUCAUAUUUCAUUCAAAAUUUGGUCAAGUUCAGAAGGUUCGUCUGAAGCGCAAAUUAAAUUACCCAAGCCAGUUCUUACAUAUGUUUUAGUACAAUGUUUAGCUAACUUAUAGCUUGAGUUUCAGGAAAAACCAAG